AUGGGCACAACGUCACCGAAAUCUCCUCCGAAGCGACGACGGCCGGCUCUGUCCUGCACCAUAUGCCGACGCCGCAAGUUGAAAUGCGACCGGUCCAUGCCAUGCGGGCAGUGUGUCAAAUCCAAGACUCCGGACCAAUGCGUGUAUUCGGGCCCUCAGGCGACUGUGCAGUCGGAGUCGCGACCCGUGGGGAACACACCCCCCGACCGCGCGCAGAUGCCGGGGAGUCGCGCCAGUUCGGUUCACGGCGGACUCUACGUUUUUGACUCGAAACACCGAUCGUCAGCGAAUCGUGUCGCCAAGCCGAAGGGACGGCCCGACGAGAUAUACGAAUUGCGCCAUCGUGUGCAGAUGCUGGAACAUGCUUUAUCGAGAACAGGGUCGGUUCACACGCCAGAGGGCUCGGGUCUGGAUGGUUUUGGGGAACCGACUCUGCGGACGUCAUAUGAUGCGCAAUACAUAAGCGAGGAUGUCAAGCACCUGCCACGGGGAGCCUGCUUUCGUGGCAAGAAUGGGAAGUCAAGAUUCUGCGGGCGCUGCCAUUGGGGCGUGACUCUUUCCUAUUUCAAAGAUAUUGGCACCGUAUUGAGGGGUCGACGAGACAAAUUCAAAUCCAAGGAUUCAGACUACUCGCGGCUGAAGAAGCUGCGAGGGGAGGUGUGUUCUCGCGAACAACAGGAUCAUCAGCGUGUCUACCGCGAGAAAGCCUUCUCGAUGGAAGAGAUGGUUCCCCACAGAAGAGUAGCGGACGAGCUGCUGAGCUUGUAUCUGUCGACCUUCGAGACCACGUACCGCAUCCUGCAUGUCCCGACAUUCCUCAAGCAGUACGAUGCUUACUGGGCCGGUACGGAACAGGCAGACAUGGUUUUUCUGGCCAAGUUGCUGGCGCUGAUGGCUGCCAGUAGCUGUUUCUUCGGGCCAACGACGAGAUUAAACGAGACCGAUACGCUGCAUAGCUCAGCCUCGGCCUGGAUUAUAUCUGUUCAGUCGUGGAUUGCAUCCUCCUUCGUGAGUUCCACUAUCAAUCUCGACAUGCUGCAGAUCCAGUGUCUCUUGAUGAUCGCGCGUCAAGCAGAUGCAACCGACGGCGAUCUCGUGUGGAUCUCAUCCGGAUCCUUAAUGCGAUCGGCGAUGACCAUGGGCUUGCACAGAAGCCCGUCAUAUUUCGGGAAGAUGACUCCAUUUUGGGCAGAAAUGCGCCGGCGGUUGUGGGCCACGAUCCUCGAAUUCGAUCUGGAGUCGUCUUUAGAUGGAGGAAUGGCCCCUUCAAUUGACCUCGACGAAUUUGACUGCGAACCGCCCUCGAACUACGACGAUGUUGAUUUGACGGAAGAGAUGACUGAGGACGUUGCUCCCAAAGACCUGGGAGUGCUCACGCGUAGCAGCUUUCAGGUCCUGCUGUCCCGAUCGCUGGCGCUUCGCGUGCGGAUAGCGAAGCAGAUCAACAGUCUGAAAUUCGGAUUGUCGUAUGACGAGGCGUUGCGCCUGGGCGAGCAACUGGUCAUGUAUAUGAACGAGGCGCUGGCGCUGUACCCGGACGGCGGAUCGACGGCACUCAGCCCUUCGGGCAACCUUCCAUUCGCCCGGUCGUUCUUGAUUUUCCUCAUGCGUAGAUUCGUGCUCAUCCUCCAUCGACCUUUUGCUCUCAGCGUUUCGCUUUCCCCCAAGUUCUCCUUCUCGCGCAAGAUCUGCCUGGAGUCGUCCCUGGAGAUGCUCUCCCAGCUUGAUCCGCCGCCGGUCAGUCUCCCGGAGGCACAGGCAUGUCCUCAUCUGGGCCAGCUCGGGGGUGGCAUGUUCCGCGACGAGUUCUUCCACGCUGCUCUCACCGUUAGCGUGGAACUCUGUUGGCAGACAGAGGAAAACUCGCCUACUCAUGCGCAGUCGGGCCAGUCCAGCUCGCUAAGCUCUCUGAAUGAGCUGGUACGGUCCCAGCAGGGUGUUUUGCUGCAAGCCGUGGAAAACACCCUCGACACUUUCGGCAACCGGAUUAAUAUGAGAGGGAAAGGCUGUAAGGCCUUCUUCUUCCUGAGCAUGGUACUCGCCUCCGUCAAAGCCAGAAUGAACGGAGAAGAUCCUCAGUUCAGAGCUGAGCAGGUGGCCAUGCGGGCCAUCCGAGACUGCGAGCAAAUCAUUCGGGGAACUUCCUGGGCUGAUCUUCGGGCUCGGCAUGAUGGUUCCGCCGGGGUGCCUUCGCUGACUCCCGGGCUGGAUUCCACCUCGUCCGAUAUCCCGUUCGAUUCGUCAUCCCUCGGCACUGCUGGACUAGCAGAUCUUUCGCCUCUUGAUUUUGCGAAUAUGUUCGACGGGGUGGAUUAUGGGUUACCAGACUUCUUGGAUCACGAUUAUCUCACCUCUUUCUAG